AUGCGUUUGCCCUACGUGCACGAGGCGUACCGCGCCGCCUCCGUCGGUCUGCAGGUGGGCGUGGCCGCGGUGCUUCUGCUUUGGUUGCUGCGUUUCUUGGAGGCGGCCCGUCUGUACAUUGAGGAGCACCUGCCACUCAAAGGACUGUGGAGCGUGGUGAACAACGCGGGUCUGUUCGCGAGUGGCCUGGCAGAGUGGACGUCUCCAGAAGACGCACUGCGCCUGUUCGGCGUGAACACCCUGGGCACGCUGCGCACCGCCACGGCCUUCCUGCCGCUGCUGCGCCGCUCCAAAGCGACGCGCAUCCUGCAGACCGCAGGGCUGCGCGAGUCGUUCGCAGCCGGAUGGCAGCGCCUGCGCCCGGAGGCACGCGCAGCCUAUGGACCGAACUUCGCCGACACCGCCCUGCGAGACCUUCUGCGCGCGCAGGCAUCACCCACUGCGCACUCGCAGGACACGGGCCCGGUGGAGGCGGCCGUGGCGCACGCCGUGUUGGGGAAGUGGCCAUCGGCGCGCUACCACCCGUCCGACGUGCCUUUCCUGCUGCGCACCUGGAUCAACACGCACGCGCCCGAAUGGCUGUACGAGGCGCUCUACACUUAGCACUCAGCUCACUGUCUCACACGGGGAUCAAGAGAAAGGGGCAGGUGGUUUUGUGAUGUUAUUUCUGUUUCCAGUUCACUUGAAUUACAAGUCAAGUACCACACCUCGGCUAAACCUGAUUUUUCCUUUUGGUCUUUCCGCCUUCUCCUUUCUUCCUUUUAUUUAUUUCUAUUUCUUUCUAGCCUUCCAGACUUUUUAUCGUUCUUAGUUUUUCUCUCGUCUUCAAAAAAAAUAUGUUUCUUUAUGGUUCGAAAAUGAACUGUUUUUGUUUUUAUUUCCCAAGAAAAAUAAACACUUUUGAUAAAGAUACCAUUUUAUGAUUUCUAUAAUUCUAAAUACUAGCAAAACUUCAUUUUUCUUGUAAUGGUGCUGUUGUCUUAAAAAUACAAAAUUUAAUGAAAAAAAUCUUUGGUCACAAUUUAUAUGGGCUCAGUCAUAUUCUUAUUCUGAUGACAUAAUGUGGCGAUCUUUAUGAGAUGUUUGCAACAGACGACCCGAGUCUUCGACUUACCAUGCAAUAGAGAAAUUAUCGUGAUUUCGGUGAUAUAAUUACGGUAUAAUUGGUUUUGUGCUCAAUGACACCCCUCAAUAAUUAUAUUCCCUUCACAUCUCUUCCCACAUAGUUACAAGAAAGAAACACCCACCCCUCACACCAAAUUCGAAUCCAAAAUCGUAGGAUUAAGAAGUAUUCUCCGAAAUCAUUUUUUCUAAUUUGAACUACCAGCAACAAGUGGGAAAAUUUCAAAUAAAUUAAUAUUUUUCAAUGUAUCUAAGAAAAUUUGAAGCAAAAAAGGUGGGUAAACUGACCUUUUAUCUGAAAUUCAGUAUUAUUCUUUUUUCCUUUUUUACCAAAAUAAUUUAUACAAUACAUGCAACAAUGAACUUCACUAGAAGACUCUUCUGUCUUCUCAAUUAUGCAACCAUUGUAAGGACUUGUUUCGUCCACCCACGAAUGUUUCAUGUUUGAUAUGUGCCUGACCUUACGCUAGAGUAAAUAUAAUGCCAUUACGCAGUGUACAUCAAGAAUACAUAUAAUCGACCACCGGGCUCCAAGCAUGAAUUGUGGGUAUGUAAAACCAUCAAUCAUAAAUACAGAACAUUAUUUAAAUGAUAUCCCCCAUCGGCAAGAUAUAUAUUUAGCCUAUAAAUAACAUUUACGAAACAAAUUUCACUAAUAGGCCAUGGUCCUUCCCCUAAACAUAUCGGCGAUGUUCGUUCUGGAAAACUCAAAGACAACUCUGUUUCUGUAAUGGUUAAGUUCUCUACUUCUCCGCUCUCACCUCCUCUGCCAUUUACCUCCUGCUCUAAGCGAACAUACUAAGGAGAUUAGUUAAUAAUUACUGGAAUUUUCUUCUGAUUGCUGUUUCUUGAAAAAAUAAAGGCUAC